AUGACCGACAUAGAACGACUCGACAGCGACGCCGCUAUCACCGCCCAGCGCGGUGAUGCCACUCCCAAUGCGAAUGUCGCUGACCAGAGCGAUGCGGCUCAUCCGGAUGCGCCGCUCGAUCAUGUCAACACCACCAACAACCACAAUUCCGCCAUCGCUGCCACUCCUGGCGAGGACAGGGCCAGUGUGCCGCUUGAAAUAGACCACGACGACGCCAACAACAACAGCGGCACUUCCACGCCGCGAUUCCUCCAGGACGAGAGCACAUGGAAGCAUUGGAAGUGGGUUCCGUAUCCCGUCCGCCGGGUCUUCAAGACCGUCGCCAAAUGGUCCCGCGGCCCCGUUAGCCCUCAACCGUAUCGCAUACGGCCCUUCUUCCCAGCCGUGCAAGAAUAUCCCCUUCGCCUAGCCGACCGCUUCCUGGCUGGUCACAAGCGCCGCUUCUGGGUCCUCUUCUUCUACUUUUCAAUCUGGCUCGUCGCCUUUGUGCUGCUCAAGAGGCAGGAGACCCUGUCAAGCAGCAUCCCAGACUGGGGCGAACCCCAGAACAUCGGCUGCGGUGUCUCGUUCUGGUCCGCUGAUAACGGCUGCAAUGUCAAUGGUAAUGACUGCCGCCCUUUCAAUGACAGCGGCUUCCCCUUCCGCUGCUCGGCACAUUGCACCAGCUACAAGGUUCUGAACCCCCGGGCGGUUGGCGACCAAGAGAUCGUAUACCGGCCCUUCAUCAUCGGUGGCCCUUCGAGCAACGACCAAAGUAUCAGCGACGCCAUAUACCGCGGCGACUCCUACAUCUGUGGCUCUGCCAUCCACGCUGGCCUUUUCUCAAACGAGGAGGGCGGUUGUGGUAUUGUGAAACUCGUCGGUGAACACCAUGAUUACAUCGCCAGCGACCGGAACGGCAUCUCGAGCAUCGGGUUCGACUCGUAUUUCCCUCUGUCUUACGAAUUUGUUCCCGAUAUCAAGUGCGCAGCAACCGACAUGCGCUGGUCGAUCCUCGCCUUGGGUGUCGUCUUCACCUCGAUCCUAUCCCUCUUCACCUCUUCGCCGGCUCUCUUCUUCUUCCCCAACUUUGUCGGCAUCUUUUGGACUACUGGCAUGUCCACCGACCCUCCAAAUAUAAGGGUCGUGGCCGCGCUCUUCUCCAAUAUAUCAGGGAAAUUCCUACCAGCCAUGUUUGUCGCAUGGGUCAUGUUUGACAAAAUGGGUGUUCGCCGCACACUCGGCAAACUGACUGCCCAGAUUGAAAAGACAGUCCUCUGGCUUGGCCCCUGCUGGGUUGGUGCCUUGAAUAACUACACACUCAGUUUCAUCCCUAUCCAGAGGCUCAAUGCCCACGACCUUCAGCAACAGCCCGGCGCUAAGGCUGCAUUGGCCAUAAUUAUUAUGAUCUUGGUCGUCAUCGCCGGGUUCCAGGUCUGGUAUUUCCGCGAAGAAGGUCGCUUCCUCAAAUACAUCAAGCUCUACGCCUUGUUCAUCGGCAGCAUCGUCAUCUUCCUCCUCAUCCCUGGUCUCAACUUACGACUCCACCACUACAUCCUGGCUCUGCUACUAUUGCCCGGAACGAGCCUGCAGACCCGCCCAUCUCUCAUCUACCAGGGCCUUCUCGUUGGGUUGUUCAUCAAUGGCGUUGCGCGAUGGGGAUUCGACCCAGUGCUGCAGACCUCAGCCGCGCUCCGAGGGGACGCCCCCCUCGGCUCGGCACUCCCCACCAUUCUUCCCCCAGUCAUCCAAAUGGCGGGUUCCAGCACCGGCAGCUCCAACAUCACGUUCUCGUGGGAGCCAACCAAUGACCGCGAGAUUGACGGUGUCAGCAUUCUCGUUAACGAUGUUGAACGCUUCCGCACCUAUUUUGAAGAUAGCGAGGACCACGAGGCUACCUUCACCUGGACCAGGGAGGCCGAUCUGGGCAUGCCCGAGUACUUUCGAUUUGCGUUCGUGACGGGGAGUGUGAGCGGCGACUAUACCAAGGCUGGGACUUGGACAAAGGAUGGGGGUUGGAUUGAGAUGGGCCCCGGCCCGUCCAAGGCCAAAGUACGAAGUUUAGAUGGUAGUGAGAGAUUCCAUAUCGAGCGAUAG